AUGGAUAGUAUUAACACUUGUUUAUUCUUGUUGAAUGAAAAAAAUGAAAAAGAAAGUGAAUGUACAAAGGAUGAACUUAAUGAUUCCAUUGAUUUGUAUAUAGACUCGAAGAUAAGUGAAAUUGAAAGACGCGUCGUGAGGUACUUACACGACAAGGGAAUAUAAACAAAAACUGAUCCUGAAUUGAAAUAAUAACGAUAUUGGAAACUAAGAAGGAUUGAAAGUAACAAGUAAUUAGAAUAAUUUUGGAGCCAACCAAAGUUAUUAUUAAAUUCUUCUGUGAGUAGAUUAAUAAGUGGGAGAGAAUCAUCGUUAAGCACAUAUUUUCACAAAAGUGGAAGCUCCCUUUAAGCAUUCCUAACUUCCUGA